AUGGAUAUCACUCCAGAAGAACUCUUCUCCCGCACAGGAGAGUACGAUUUCCGAGCUCUCCAAGCCACCGUCCGUCCCUUUGCAAAGCCUCCACACAUCUUGAGAAGGAUGCUACACAAUCGAUCUGCGUAUCCAAUCAAUCCUCCGGCCCAGCCCCUGCCGAUCUGCUCUUUCCCCAUGUUCAACAACCUUCCGAUAGAGGUUCGGAAGAAGGUCUGGCACUAUGUUCGCGUCCGAACCCUCUCGGUCUAUUUAGACCAAGACUACUGCCUCAAAACGAACGAUCUACCUUCCGCAACCUUCCGAGUCAACCACGAGUCGCGAGCAACGACGCUACGACCCUACCUCCCACCUCAUCCUCCCGUCUACGGCCCACUGCCGCGCGACCCCCCCGCUCUCCACAAGGAACUCUUCGACCCCAACGUGGACCGGGUCCUGUUAGAUUACGAAAGUCUCCAGAUAUAUAGAGCCGGCAAAGAGGCUGCGGAGGAAGGUACCUUCCUUGGGCCAUGGACAGGAGAAUGUUUCAACAACAUUCGGAUCUUGGAGGUCGAGCCCAAAGAUUGGACGUUCACGGGCAAGAGGUCGAGGAUUCCGCUGCGGGUGGACGCCACGGAGGAUGCGGUGGAGAUCCGGCGCAAGAUGCGUAUCAUGCUGCUGUUCCGGUGCUUGGAAGAGCUGACGAUCCGGAUUGCCACGCCGGAGCCACAUCGCUACCAUUGGGAGGAGUACCGGACGGCCUUGGAGGUUAUGUUUGCGCGGGAGAAGGUGUUGGAUCCGGGAUUGUACGUUCCGCGCAUCACAAUCAGGGUUAGGGGGGAAAUAAUGACUAGUUAG